CCUCCGAAGCCGAAUUCGUUGCAGAUAUUGGACCAUCGGCGCCGAGUUGUGGCCUCUUCGGUCCUUUGCCCGGAGGAGAGGAGUUCGCGAGGGAGUGAGGAGGACGAUUGCUAGGGUUCCGAUUAGGGUUUGGGUUCCGGUCGGCGGGAGGCGAUGGCCCGGAGUCGAUCAUCUUCUUCGAGCUGGUGGCGGUACCUCCACCCCUCCUACUACCUGAAGCGGCCCAAGCGGCUGGCCCUCGUCUUCAUCUCCUUCGUCUUCAUCACCUUCGCCGUUUGGGAUCGGCAAAGCCUAGUCCAGGAACAGGAGGCUGAGAUUUCAAAGUUGAAUGAAGAGCUGAUCCGGUUGCAAGAUCAGUUGAGGGAAGUAAAGGGGAAUUUGGGAUAUUUAGGUGAACGCAUGAUUCAUACAAAUGAUAACAAAAUCAUCAAAGAUCUUGUCGACAUUGAUCCUAUCAACGAGGAGCGUAGAGAAAAGGUGAAAGAGGCUAUGCUUCAUGCAUGGGAUUCUUAUGAAAAGUAUGCAUGGGGCCAAGAUGAACUCCAGCCACAAUCAAAGAAUGGUGUCAAUAGUUUCGGUGGUCUUGGAGCAACUCUUAUAGACUCUCUUGACACACUGUACAUAAUGGGCCUAGAAGAUGAAUUCCGAAGAGCUAGAGAAUGGGUUGCAAACUCUUUAGAUUUCAACAAGGACUAUGAAGCUAGUGUUUUUGAGACGACCAUAAGAGUUGUUGGUGGACUACUCAGUGCAUAUGAUCUAUCCGGGGAUGAAAUAUUUCUUGAGAAAGCUAAAGACAUUGCUGAUAGGUUGCUACCUGCAUGGAAUACACCAUCAGGGAUCCCUUAUAAUAGAAUCAACUUAGUUCAUGGCAAUCCACAUAAUCCUGGAUGGACCGGGGGAAACAGCAUCUUGGCAGAUUCUGGCACGGAGCAGCUUGAAUUUAUAGCUCUAUCCCAGAGGACAGGAGACCCUAAAUACCAGCAGAAGGUGGAGAAUGUAAUUAUACAACUUCAGAAGACAUUUCCAAGUGAUGGUUUGCUUCCAAUCUUCAUAAAUCCUCAUUCAGGGGCAGCAUCAUACUCAACAAUUACAUUUGGUGCUAUGGGUGAUAGCUUCUAUGAGUAUUUACUCAAAGCCUGGAUACAAGGAAACAAAACUGAAACUGUGAAGCAUUACAGAAAAAUGUGGGAAACAUCCAUGGAAGGCCUGUUAAGCUUGAUCCGGAAGACUACUCCAUCUUCUUUCACAUAUAUUUGUGAAAAAAAUGGUGGUUCUCUGUCUGACAAGAUGGAUGAACUAGCAUGCUUUGUUCCAGGCAUGUUAACCUUAGGAUCUUCGGGUUAUGGCCCAGAGAAGGCAGAAAAAUUUUUAUCGCUUGCCAAGGAGCUUUCUUGGACUUGUUAUAAUUUCUACCAAUCAACUUCAACAAAAUUAGCAGGAGAAAACUACUACUUUUACGUUGGAGAGGACAUGGGCAUUGGCACAUCAUGGAACAUACUAAGACCAGAGACUAUUGAGUCACUUAUGUACCUUUGGCGUUUCACUGGGAACAAAACUUACCAAGAUUGGGGCUGGGACAUAUUCCAAGCAUUUGAAAAGAAUUCUCGCAUGGAUUCUGGUUAUGUUGGACUGAAGGAUAAAAAGAUGACAAGAGAAUAUUAUUAAUGCACAAAAGAGUCAACCCAUACAGUCGGAAGAUCCAAUGUCACAAAACCAGGUGGAACUUCCUUGAUCUGAGCUUCAUAAUCAUCCAAAGUUAAGGCAUACUUGGCUAACAAAUGAUCCACCUCAUUACCAGAGCGAGGGAAUUAGGAGAGCAAAACUACACGAGCAUCUUUAACGAGAGAACGAGAAUCUUCAAGAAGAACUCCAAUCUCAUUAUGAGAAGUAUUUCUUCUGUGCAACCUCUACAUUUUACCCAAGGCAUCUCCUUCAACCUUGAAGCCAUGGAAAUCAAUAUCUAGCCCAACUUCAAUGCAUUCUCUGACUGUUGAAGCUUCAAUAGUUUUGCUUUUGAAAUAUUUCUGCAUUCUUAGCAAUGGAUGCCAAAACUUUUCAUCUUUAUUUCUACAAAUUAUACCAUUUCCAUCACAACCAGUUUUAUCAUUUAAGGCUCCAUCGGAAUUUACUUUUAUUUUGCUAGAUGUUGGAGGCCUCCAUUUCUCUUUAUCUGAAUCCUUCCGAACAGACUCUCUUUAAUCCUGUUGCUGAGUCACAUAACCUAUGCAUUCCUCCACCAGUGCAUAAGCUUGAUCAACCACUUAUGUUGGAUGGGGUAAUCUAUCAUUAUAAACCAUUCCAUCCUCCCCUUCCAAAUGUUCCAGCACAAGCCAGAAUUUUCCACAAAUAAUCCUCAUCUUUGAUUGUUCUAUUCUCUGCAGCAAAUUGGACCACCAUAGCUCAAAUGACUGAACAUUUAAGAAUCUAUUUUAUUAGUCCAUAUGCCCCGCUGCUGAGUUUUAUCUAUAUGCCUACACUUGCUGUGCUUCCUUGCAACCUUGUAAAAAAUGGACACCUUUUUUGAAACAUAUACAUGAUUUCAGUGGUUUACAGUCAUUCUGUGGCUGCAGAAGAUUGGUGCACCUUUCUGGGGAUCGUAUUGUGUUGCUGGCCAGAAAUUAAUUCGGAUGCACGUCCAACUGUCCUUUAUAAACCAAACACCACUCAGUGCAUUUCAGAUCUGUAAUUGUGUCCGAGACUGCCUAUUUCAAAUCAGGCCAGGAUGGAUAUGAUGGACUUCAUGGAGUCGCUAUUCGCACAUAUUUACCUAGCCUGAUUACUUAAACGUAUGGAUCAGCCGAGUUAAUUAAGUAAUAAUCAAGCUGGGCACUAAUCCAUACUUUAGUUUUUUCUAGUUGCCUAGGCAAGAGUGCUGCUAUAUCACCCCGGUGCAUCCUUGGAAAGAGAGAAUCCAUUUUUGGUGGGAUUGUGGAGUUAGGAUCAGUGUGUAGAUUUAAUUUUUCCCUCUGUGAUUUUUCAAAAAAUGGGAUUUAUAGCCUUUUUCAGGGUUCUUUUGGGGACACAACAUUUUCCUGUAAGUAAUUAUGUCUAGAUGGAUAUAUCCAUUUUUGCUCAACCUGUACCUAGCUUGAUUCCUUCAUGUGGUCUGGAGACCAGGUCAUCAUCAUAUGGAGGUGCAUCUCUCAUUCAACUUGGCUUAUAAGACCUGUAUUUUCCAAUUUAAUGCUGGCGAUCGUAUGACUAUCGUUUGUGUCUGACCAUCUAGCAUAGUCAUCGUCUUCUCUAAAUAGCACUGCACCCUCUGAAACUACAUGACAUGUGCAAUGGGCAUGAUUUUAACUUGUUUGUUCUACAUACUUCCUAUUACUUUGGAUCACUGGAUGCUGUGUAAUCUUUUGCUUUUGGCUUUGUGUAUUUUGUAGCUUGAUUUUGCGGUAAAUUUUUAUGUUUAGAUAUCUUUAUACCUCAUUAUAAGAGCCCCCAUCUGAGCAACUAUCAAGUUUGUUUUCACUGCCAUUAUAGCUACUUCCAUUCAUGUCUUUUCUUCCUCAAUGAAAUGAGCAGCUCAAAAACAUAAAGCAGAGUUGAAAGCUAUCCAGCCUAGUGUUUUUUUUUUUGACACAUUCAGGAAAUAUCAUUGGAAUUUCUUUUUUAUGUUCUUGAAUUACCAAGAUAACCUUGACCUCUUCAAUUGACUGACUGGAUCUAAUUUGCUAAGACAAAUUAUAAAUGUCCAGUAUCAAUUGCAUAAUUCUGUGUUAUGUUCCUGAAGUGAUAAUGCUGAAAAGCAUAGUGAUCGGGGAGCAAAAAAACAUAGGAAAAGGUGUAUUACUUUGCUUGGCACAUUGGUUUGGAGGUUGUCGAAUCCAAGUGGGAUAGAUUCCUUUUUCGAGGAAGGAUAUGGUGGUUAGGUUUCUCAGAUUGCCUCCUCUAUAGAGGCAAGGAUCAAAGGUUGAAUAAUUUCAAUCUGUAUUUUAAGAGUUUAAGGUUGGUAGGUGAUAUUAAAGUGUCGGGAGGUUUCAAGUUUGUCUGGGUGUCCUGGAGACUGCUUUCAAAGAUGUACUUGCUGCUAAUGAGAGGCUGAAAAGUUAUGGUGCCUGUCUCUUAGAAUUAAUUUGACGGACUGGAGAUUGAGGAGCGCUGCUUGCUGCUUGUGCUCUUACAAGCCUACUGCAUUUUCACCUAAGAGAAUUGAGUAGAAAUGGUGGGGGUGUGAAGCAAAAGGAUGACCUCCUAUAAUGACCUCAAGAAUGGGGUUUAAAUUGUGAUAUUUAGGUGCUGGCUUGAAGCCCACUGUUUUUUCUUAAUGACAUCCUGGGUGCUUGUCUUCCUCUCGUGCAUAGGAAGAUCCUCACUUGUGACAAGCUGAUUAAAAGAUGGAAGGAGGUGGAUAGCUUUUGUGGAUUGUUUUAGGUUUGAAGCAACUCUUCACUUAUCCUGUUGAAACAUUGGAAGAGAAUUUGGCCAACUGCGACACUCCUUGAUUUUGUCAUGACUCCUCCUAGACAGCAGCUGAAGAUGUACCAGUUGGGGAGACCAAAUAAGAUGCCUGAUCCAGUUCGUUGUUUUAUUGUUGAUUGGAAAAAGUGCAGACUAAAUGUUUCUGGGGAAGUCAGAAUGUAGUGGUGCCAGUGGUUCCUUUUUUCCCCAUUAGGUAGAGUGACUUGUUUUUUGAAAAAAAAAAAUGGAGGC